AGACAACACUGUGGAGGAUUCUCCUUAUAAGGUUUUUGUUGGUGGAAUUUCAAGAACUAUUUCAUCGGAGAUGCUUAUGGAGAUUGCUAAAGCUUUUGGACCUUUGAAAGCCUACCAUUUCAGUAUGAAUUCAGAUAUCAAUGAACCUUGUGCAUUUCUUGAGUAUGUUGACCAUUCAGUUACUCUUAAAGCUUGUGCUGGUCUUAAUGGUAUGAAGUUGGGUGGAAAAGUGUUAACUGUUGUUCAAGCUGUCCCAGAUACUGUUUUACUGGACAAAGAUGAAAAUACACCUUUAUACCGGAUUCCCCAGCAUGCAAAGCCACUUCUGGAGAAGCCCACGGAAGUUCUGAAGCUGAAAAAUCUGGUGGAUGCAAAUGUACUCAUUUUUUUGUCUGAAGCAGAAGUUGAAGAGUUAUUGGAAGACAUCAGAUUGGAGUGUGCCAGGUUUGGCACUGUUAAAUCAAUUAAUGUUGUAAAGCAAAGUCAAUGCUCUCUCACAUCUGAUCCUGCUGCUAUGGACACUAGUCCUACUUUGAAUGAGGACGAUAUGGAGUUUGCUAAAGAGUGUGACCGAAAUGAUCCAUCCCCAAAGAGUUCUGAUCACGAGUUGGAAGUUGGUGGGUCACACCUCCCUAACAGUGAUGAAGAACCCAUGGAAACCAAUAGCGCUGAGGAAGCUGAAAGAUGUGCUGAUGGUAAAACUCAGAUGUCAGAACCUUUAAAAGGUGACUCCGAAGAGGAGGCUGGAGAUGUCGAUGAUGCUUUGGCCGCUGAUGGUAAAACUCAGAUGUCAGAACCUUUAAAAGGUGACUCCAAAGAGGAGGCUGGAGAUGCCGAUGAUGCUUCGGCUGGUGGCAGCCAUUCCAAUGACGGACCUCAUGAGGAGGUAAUAAAAGACGACACUUCUGACCCUCUACCCAAUGAUGGUAAUGUGUCUGAUCGAGGGACAAGCUGCCAAGAAAAUUCUGAGGUUACUCGUGGAAUCUCUCCAAAUGAAAAGAAUACUACUAGAGUUUUGGAAAGGAAAGAUGAAGAUUCUAAUUCUAGUCCAGUUGAACAUCUUGAGAUAAAUGAUCAAUCACCAGUUAAGGAGGCAAUGAAAUCAGAGGAAGACAAUGGAAAUGUAGAUGGAGCUUUUGAACCAGAAUUCUCGUCGAAAGAAGAGUUGGAUGCUCGAGAGAAACUUGAGGAAAAGACUGAAAUUUCUGUUAAUGAUGUGUUUGAGCCCGGCUGUGUACUUGUGGAGUUUAGAAGAGCAGAAGCUGCAUGCAUGGCUGCUCAUUGUUUACAUGGGCGACUGUUUGAUGAUCGGACAGUGACUGUGGAGUAUGUUCCCCUUGAUCUCUAUCGUACAAAGUUUACUAAACAAAACUAAUUCCUUUUGGUCAAUUCAAUGCCUUAUUUCCUGCAGAUCUCCCCAAACUUGAACGGCAUUAACAUACGAUUUGCCUAUGCUAUUCACUUAUCUAUCAGAUCCUUACCUGAAUGUUCACAAUUUUUACCAUAUUGAGAUGCCUUAGUUAACCUUUUGCUAGUGCGAGAGUUGUAGCAAAUUUUCUGUAUACCAGACUUGGAGCGGAAUACAUGUUUUCUCCAAGAUGUAGAACAGGAUUUAAGGAUUCUUGUCCAAGAAAUGAGCAAUUGUAAUGCGUUAAAUUGUCGUUAAAGUUACAGCUUUAUUUUUAUGGUUGCAACAUGUUGCCCACCAUUUUGGAUAGAGGAACACAGUCCUUUGUCAUCUUGGAAUUACAUGCCUUAUGAUGAGGGGUUAGCCAUCACGGCUAUUGACUCUAUGUUCUUGAUGAUGUUGAUCAGAGACUCAGUUGGCCAGUCCACGUUAAGGGGUUGUUUGGUAGAGAUAAGAAUGUUAAAUUCUGGUAUAAAAUUCUGGUAUCUUCUCUUAUCAAUCUUUGUAUUACUAAUAUAGUAUCUUACAGCUAGUAUAAUUUUCUUUUGCA